AUGUCUACCAAUAAGGGUCCUAAUGAAUUAUUCUCUACAUUCUAUGAAGAAGUUAAGGCUAUUGAGAAAAGAGAUUCAGUUUUGACACCUAAACAGCAAAUAGAUCGGCUUAAUCGCCCUGGGUCGACUUAUUUCAAUUUAAAUCCAUAUGAUGUUUUACAAGUAGACCCUGAUACCCCUAUGGCUGAUAUCAAAAAGAAAUAUAGACAGUUAUCACUUCUGGUUCAUCCAGAUAAAAACCCCGAUGAUACUGAACGGUCUCAGAAAGCGUUUGAAGCUGUGAACAAAGCAUAUAAAGCUUUGGAUGACCCUGAAACGUGCCGCAAAUGUAAAGAGGUAGUCGAGGAAGCUAAAGAACGUGUUGAACAGAUGAUGAUCGAAAAACGAAAGAGACUUAAAAAAACAAGUGGUUCCAUCUCAAUUGAGGAGGAUGAUCCAGAGAAGCACCGACACGCCAUUUACGUCCAAACUUGCAAGCUUUUCGCAGACCUUGAGAGACUGAGAGUGGAAGAAGAACUGAAGCAGUCAUCUGAUAGAAAACGCAAAGCUGAAGAACAAGAGGAAGAGAAAAAACUUGUGGAGUAUGACAAAAUAUGGAGGAAAAACUAUGAAGAAAGUCGUAGUAAUCGUGUUGCAAGUUGGCGGGAUUUCAAAGAGAAGAAGUCUAGAACAUCGAAAGGUAUCGGUGGUUUAAAACCACCCAAAACGAAAAUGGAGCAAAGGCCAACUUAG